UAUCACGAUUUAACCUGUUGCUGUUCUUUCAAAGAAGAAGAACAAUCAACACCGUUCUGUUAUCAGUGAAGGUAGAAGUUAAAAGUAGUUUUUACUUUUGUAUAUCUUCAAAUAGAGCUAUUUGUUUUCUUCUUAUCAAAUAUGGUUGAAAUAAAACUGUCGAACUGAUCAAGUCUUCGUGUUCAGUUAAACGCCCACGAGUUACUGAAGAACAGUGGCAUGUAGGUUUUGCAUCACUAGCAGCCUGCCCAGCAGCAUUCACCACGGCGGGGGAAAUCAGACCUAUCGUGUGCAGGGUGGUUAUCUACCUACAGCGGGACAUGUCAGGAGAGAGCUGCCUGCACCAGCUUCAACCGCAAACCGGGCCCAUUGUGUCAGUCUCUUCAGUGGCCUGCCCCAAGACUAACACCUGCACUUACCGCGGUGUCACUGGCAACAAGUACGUGCAGCUCAAUGUUGGCGGAAAUCUUUACUAUUCCACACUGAAAGUGCUCACCCGACAGGACACACUCCUGAGAUCCAUGUUCAGCGGCAAGAUGGAGGUGCUCACUGAUAAGGAAGGUUGGAUUCUAAUAGAUCGCUGUGGGAAACGCUUUGGUUCGAUUCUCAGCUAUCUCCGUGAUGGAUUUGUGACCUUGCCCAAGAGCAGACAGGGUAUCAUGGAGCUCCUAGCAGAAGCCAAGUAUUAUCAGAUCCAGGGAUUGAUAGACUUGUGCCAGAGAACCCUGCAGGAUAAUGAAGAAAAGGCUUUGUGUGUUAUCCCAGUCAUAACAUCUCCUAAAGAGGAAGAGAGGCUGAUACAAGGCUGCGUAAGGCCUGUUGUAAAACUGCUUUACAACCGAGGUAACAACAAAUAUUCCUAUACCAGCAACUCGGAUGACAACCUACUCAAGAACAUCGAGUUGUUUGAGAAGCUGUCUCUGAGUUACAGCAGUCGUGUGCUCUUCAUUAAAGAUGUCAUCGGAGACGAGAUCUGCUGCUGGUCCUUUUACGGACAGAGCCGUAAGCUAGCAGAAGUCUGCUGCACAUCCAUCGUUUAUGCUACUGAGAAGAAGCAGACAAAGGUUGAGUUUCCAGAAGCACGGAUCUACGAGGAGACGCUAAAUGCCCUGCUUUAUGAGACUCUCCCAGUCCCAGAUAACUCCCUGUUGGAGGCCACUCGCAGACGGAACAAUUGUUGCUCACACAGUGAAGAGGAGGAAGCCGUGGAGCUGAGGGAGCGUGUGCGGCGCAUCCACAUUAAAAGAUACAGCACUUAUGAUGACAGACCACUUGGACAUUAGCCUAACUGUGAAUUGAGGCUUCCAAGACAUUUUAUAUAUAUAUCCUUCCAACUAGUGCCUCUGUUUUCACAUUGUCUGUGGAGAACACUAAACUACCAGCGCCGUUUAACCACUUUGUAGUUCGCUGUCUGAACAGAUUGCUGCUUUGUCUUUUUUUUUAGGUGGCUUGACAAUCAAAGUUUUGGAUGAAAUGAGGCUUGAACAUUAAUGUGAACAUAACACAAAAAGUUGAUCAUGAAUUAGCAUCAGUUCCUAUAUUUUAAUUUAUUUACCUCAUUAUUUUGUUGUUUUUAGGAAAACACUAUGUUUUUAAACAGUAGUUUCUAGCCUAAUCAUAUAAUGUUUCGAUAACAUCUUGCCAAGAUGAAUUUGCCAAGUACGUCACUCUGUUUCUGCUAACCGUACAGGAUCAUAUACUCCGUUACAAUCCUGCCUUUUGCCUACAUUAAUCAUCAAGUACUGUGAUUUGAUGAAAAAAUAAAUCAUGUAUAUGGGCUUGGGGUGUUGCAUUUAGAAAAAUCAGGUUGUGGUGUUUGAUUUUUGUCUAGUAAGAUGAAAAGAAAUGUGUUUUUAAUACUUAAUGAAUGAAUGACUGUGACCUAAAAGUUUCCUGCUCUAGUUAUUUAACACUCACAAUAUUUUCUUAAACUUAAAGGGUAGUUCACCCAAAAAUGAAAAAUCUUUUAAACAAUAAUUCAGGUUUAUUUGCCCAUACAUUUAAAGUUGGUAUGGUCCAAAACAACAUUGGACCCCUUUGACU